CUCGUUUGAACAUCUGGAGGGCGCCAUGGGCCGCUACUGUAUCCGCGUGACCACAGGGGCCUGGGUCUACUCGGGAUCGUACAACCGUGUGCGGCUGUGGCUGGUUGGGGCCCACAGGGAGGCAGAGCUGGAGCUGCAGCUGCGGCCCACACGAGGCCAGGAAGAGAAAUUUUACCUGGACACCCCCCAGGACUUGGGGCCACUGCAAUUUGUGAAACUGCACAAAGAGCAUGUACUAGUGGACGAUGCGUGGUUCUGCGACCAAAUCACUGUGCAGGGCCCCGGAGCCUGCGCAGAAGAAGUGGCCUUCCCGUGCUACCGCUGGGUUCAAGGCAAGGGCGUCUUGAGCCUGCCAGAGGGUACGGCCCGGCUGGCAGGAGACAACGCUUUGGAUGUCUUCCAGAAGCAUCGAGAGAAGGAACUGAAGGAAAGACAGCAGAUCUACCGCUGGGCCACCUGGAAGGAAGGGUUACCCAAGACAAUAGCUGCAGACUGUAAGGAGGAACUACCUCCAAAUAUGAGAUUCCACGAGGAGAAGAGGCGGGACUUUGAAUGGUCACUGAAGGCAGGGGCUCUGGAGACCAUCCUCAAACGUGUUUACACCCUCCUGAGCUGCUGGAACCGCCUAGAAGACUUUGAUCAAAUCUUCUGGGGCCAAAAGAGUGCUCUAGCUGAGAAGGUUCAUCAGCGCUGGCAGGAUGAUGAGCUUUUUGGUUACCAGUUCCUCAAUGGCGCCAACCCCAUGCUGUUGAGACGUUCCACCUCUCUGCCCUCCAGGCUGGUGUUGCCCUCUGGGACAGAAGAGCUUCGAGCUCAGCUGGAGAAAGAACUCCAGAAUGGUUCCCUGUUUGAGGUAGACUUUAUUCUGCUGGAUGGAAUUCCAGCCAAUGUGAUCCAGGGAGAAAAGCAGUACCUAGCUGCCCCCCUUGUCAUGCUGAAGCUGGAUUCUAAUGGAAAGCUGCUGCCCAUGGUCAUCCAGAUUCAGCCUCCUAGUCCCAGCACCCCAACCCCAACACUGUUCCUGCCCUCAGAUCCUCCACUUGCCUGGCUCCUAGCCAAGUCCUGGGUCCGUAAUUCAGAUUUCCAACUGCAGGAGCUCCAAUUUCAUUUGCUGAAUACUCAUCUAGUGGCUGAGGUGAUUGCUGUUGCCACCAUGAGGUGCCUCCCAGGACUCCACCCUAUAUUCAAGCUUCUGAUUCCCCAUGUCCGAUACACUAUGGAAAUCAACACCAGGAGCCGUACCCAACUUAUCUCAAAUGGAGGAAUAUUUGAUAAGGCAGUGAACACAGGUGGAGGGGGCCAUGUGCAGCUGCUUGGCCGGGCACUGGCUCAGCUUACCUAUGGCUCCCUCUGUCCUCCUGAUGACCUGGCUGCCCGGGGCCUGUUGGGAAUCCCAAGUGCUCUGUAUGCCCAGGAUGCUUUACGAAUAUGGGAAAUCAUUGCCCGGUAUGUGGAAGGCAUCGUCCAUCUCUUCUACCAGAGGGAUGACAUUGUGAGAGGGGACCCUGAGCUGCAGGCCUGGUGUCGGGAGAUCACUGAGGUGGGGCUGUGCCAGGCUCAGGACCGAGGUUUCCCUAUCUCCAUCCAGUCCCAGGCUCAACUCUGCCAUUUCCUUACUAUGUGUGUCUUCACAUGCACUGCUCAGCAUACAGCCAUCAACAAGGGCCAGCUGGACUGGUAUGCCUGGGUCCCUAAUGCACCUUGUACAAUGAGGAUGCCCCCACCUACCACCAAGGAGGAUGUGACAAUGGCCACGUUGAUGAGGUCACUACCUGAUAUCCAGAAGUCCUGUCUUCAAAUGACCAUCACAUGGCAUCUGGGUCGUCACCAGCCAGACAUGGUGCCGCUGGGACAUCACAAAGAAAAAUAUUUCUCAAGCCCCAAGGCCAAAGCUGUGCUAAGCCAGUUCCAUGCAGAUCUGGAAAACUUGGAAAAUGAGAUUACAGUCCGGAAUGAACAACUUGAAUUGCCUUAUGAAUAUCUGAAGCCCAGCCUCAUAGAGAACAGUAUCACAAUCUGAGACCUAGCAUGACCCCACCUGGAUUCCACAGCAACUUCAGGACAUUUCCAUCUUGAUUUCAUGCUUUUCCAAGUCUCUACUACUAAGGCUCUAAUUCUCUCCCAAUUAAACUCUCUUAUAUCAGUAAUUCUACUCACCC